CUUUCAUUGGCCUAGGUCGGGGAGGACCGGGAAUCAAGAGGCGGCCAUUUCUAACGAACAGGAGAUAGGGGCGAAAGAUGGCGGAGACUUCGAAUAAUUUUCUGGGGGACGAGAAUACAGCAUCUUUCGCCUUCGAACAACUUCGGGACGUAAUUGGGUCUCAGAAGCAAGUGAUCCACCGGCUAAAAAGCACGAUGGCCAUCCAGGAAGAGAAAUUUGUGAGUAAAGAAGAAUACGAAGCUGUAGUAAAGAAGUUGGAGGAGGAGAAGGCAGCCCAUGCCCAGACCAAGGGCCUGUUGGCUAAAGAGACAGAGAAACUGCAAUUUGCUCUUGGAGAGGUGGAGGUGCUGUCCAAGCAACUGGAGAGAGAAAAGCAGGCUUUUGAAAAGGCGCUAUCCAGUGUCAAGAACAAAGUUCUGACAGAGUCCACCAAGAAGGACAAGCUUAUCACCAAGUGCAAUGAAAUUGAGUCUCACAUUAUAAAGCAAGAAGAUAUUCUUAAUGGGAAAGAAAAUGAAAUUAAGGAACUGCAGAAUGUCAUCAGCCACCAGAAACAGAUCUUCAGGCAUCAGAUAUCGGACUUCCGGAUUCAAAAGCAGCAAGAGAAUUACAUGGCCCAAGUGCUGGACAGGAAGCAAAAGAAGGCAGGUGGGCUGCUCUCCACCAGGGGUUUCAAGGGACUUGGAGACAAAUAAAUCUGCUUCC